AUGACGAGUGAGCGUACCCGCGUAAGGGACAAAGAAUCCCUUUUUAUAUUGCAACGGGUGCUUCUGGAGUCUGGCGGGUGUCAGGGAAUGUCAGAUGUUAGGCUUUGUCUGACGGUGAAUGACACGUGGCCUCCUCCCAUAGGCUGGCGGAAGAACCGCAGGGAGAAGCUACGAAGCUACGAAGCUCUCCACCAAAAAUGCGGCCUGAACACCGAGCUCUACCGCGAGAGCAUCAGGCAGUUGACCUCCAACCGCAGCGGCGGCAGCCCGACGGAGUGCAACUACGUGGUGUGGUUGCCACAGCAUGGCUUGGGCAACAGGAUGAUCAGCAUAACCUCUACUUUCCUCUACGCUCUCCUCAACGACAAAGUCCUACUGCUCUUCUUCCCUGACUGCAUGAACGGCCUCUUCUGCGAGCCGUUCCCCAACACCACUUGGCUUCUACCUUCUGACUUCCCUAUCACGCAUAUGACCUCGAUCUUCGAUAAAGAUCCAAAUCGAUAUGGGAAUUUGCUCAGAGAUAAGAUCCUCCGUAAUGACAUGAACAUCACCAAUGCUUCCAUUCCGCUGCCAGCUUAUCUGUACCUUCACCUCGUACAUAACAACAAUGACUACGACAGAAUGCUCUACUGCGAAGAUGCUCAGCUGCUGCUUCGACAGUUCCCAUGGUUAUUGCUGAGAUCGAACCAGUAUUUUGUCCCAGCUUUGUUUCUCAUACCGAUGUUCGAGCAGGAGCUCAGCUUGCUCUUCCCUGAGAGGACGACCGUGUUUCAUCUCUUGGGAAGGUAUCUCUUCCAUCCAUCCAACGCAGUUUGGGGCCACGUAACAAGUUUGAAGAGUGAGUACUUCGAGAGGAUAAGGGACACGUACUAUAGGAAUGCGACGGCGACAGGAGAGGUGAUCGGCGUCUAUCAGCCGAGCCAUGAAGAGAAACAAUUCACAGAGAAGUUGGAUCACAACGUGAAGGCUCUGGCGGAGAUUUAUCUCUUGAGCUUGAGCGACUCGUUGAUUACGAGUCAGUAUUCUACGUUUGGGUAUGUGGCGCAAGGGCUGGGUGGAAUUCGACCGUGGUUGCUCGUGAGGCCCGAUGACGAGAACCUUUGCCUACAAUCCUCGACGAUGGAACCCUGCUUCCACUUCCCUCCCUCGUUUGAGUGCAAGUCGAGAAGUGAAAUGGACCUCGGCUCCGUGGUUCCAUAUUUGAGACACUGUUAA